UUUUCAGAAAAUGGUGGGCCGUGUUUUUGGUUGUACUAUGGUAUUUGGUAACCGGGGAGUGUCUCCAGUCCACAACAGACACACAAUGGAUAGACGGACAGGAUUGAUACAUUAUUACCACUGCUUGGUCGGCCUUUUGAUACUGUCGCUCGUAGGCAAUUGAUAACAUGGUUUUUUAGUGACUGUAAAAUCAUCUUGCAAUUGCUGUGUGUCUUCAGUGGCCAAUGUUUCUAUCGUCGUUAGUUACUUUGCUAACAGCAAGUGAUAUUGUUUAUCCGACAUCUCUAGCUGGCUAGCCUACCCCCCCCCACGUUAGCAAGCAGUAACACCUGCGGGAAAACUGUUUUUAUAGUCCGAGAUAGACGCCUUUCAAAGAAUAUGGAAACCUCUUUUGAUGUAAACCAUCUUUUCCCUGAAACGAUUACAGUUUUGGACCAAAACCUAAUUGCAAGUGGAAAAUCGCUGGGAAGGUCAGAUCCCCAACCCCAAAUUGCAGCAGUCAUUGAUGAACUUGGAAGAGCCUCAGCCAAGGCCCAAUACUUGACAGCCCCAAUCACAAGUGCAUCCAAGCUGCAGACCAACAAGCACCAUCUCUACCUGCUUAAGGACGGAGAAAGCAAUGGAGGAAGAGGACUUGUGGUGGGGUUUCUGAAGGUUGGCUAUAAGAAGUUAUUUCUGCUUGACCAGCAGGGGGCGCAUGUCGAGACAGAGCCUCUGUGUGUCUUGGAUUUCUUUGUGAAAGAGAACCUUCAGAGGCACGGUUACGGACUGGAGCUGUUUAGCUUCAUGCUGCAGCACAAAAAGGUAGAGCCAGUGAUGAUGGCUUACGACAGGCCCUCCCCUAAGUUCCUCUCUUUCCUGGAGAAGCAUUACUGUCUGAAAAACAGUGUACCUCAGGUCAAUAACUUUGUGGUGUUUGACGGUUUCUUCGCCAAAAAAUCAGCGGCCCAGUUGAGAAAGGUUCCCCCCAAAAAGCCGGACGGAGAGAUCAAGCCCUACUCACUAACGGAGAGAGAAGCUGUGCGAGAGGAGCAGAAGGCUCUUCCCUGGCCUUUGUGUCGCCACGCGGCUCCUCCACUCUCUCACCUAUUGUCGGUAUCCUCCCCGUGCUCCCCAAGCAGGGGCCGCCAGCGUCCCGAUCCGGCCCUGGCCCCGGCACCUGCCCCUGGGGCCAACAGGGGCCCGAACCCCCACCCUCCACUCAUCAACAGCCUCAACUGCAGGGCAAAGCGCACCAGCCAACAGGGCCUGUUUGCCAGGGAAACCUGUUCUACAGCCGCCACGUUCAACACCCGGGGCUUUGGUCAGUUGUUGGAGACACAGACCAGAACAUCUUCAAACUGCCAGGUUUGA